AUGGGAGCCAAAGCCCAGAUCCUCCGAGAUAUUCGCAAAAGACUAUCCGCCGAGCAGAUGGAAGUCCAAAGACGAGCUUACCUCUUCGUAGCUCGAAACACCACAUUACCAGCCACGGUCCGACACAAGGCUCAACUGGGGUUGAACACACUGAAUGGUGGUGAAGGGAGGUUGGGUGCAGUUAAAAGUAGAUGUUGGGAGACGGGGAGGGGAAGAGGUGUUAUAAGUAAAUUUGGAUUGGCAAGGUUUCAAUUCCGUCUGAAAGCUUUGAAUGGCGAAUUACCAGGAGUACAUAAAUCCAGUUGGUAA